AUGGAAGUGCCGAGGAACCCGACGGCGCAGGCCGACACUGGCGGCCUGGCGGCGCUCUCUGCCAGCCUCGCGAGGUGUCUGGCCGAGGAGAACGCGGACAGCAACCUCAUCCUCCGCGUGGUGGGCGCGCGGUCACGCGGCGAGCUCGAGGAGUCCGUCGCCGGCGUCGUCGAGACCGCGCUCAAGGACGAGUCCGGCGCCGGCGGUCCACGCAUCGCGUUCGCGUGCGGCGUCUGGAGCGAGCUCACUUGCCCGCUGAAGGCCGCCUACCGCCGCACCGUCGUGGACAAGUUCAGCGCCGAGGCCAGCAGCGUCGACUUCAUCAGCAACCCGGAGGCGGCACGGGACCAGAUCAAUGCCUGGGUCGCAGAGGCCACGCACGAUGUGAUCGGUUCUGUCUUUGGUCCGGGAUCAAUCACCACGCUCACCCGCGUCGUGCUCGGCAACGCCGUAUACUUCAAGGGCAAGUGGGUUAACCCCUUCAACGAGAAGCGCACCAAGGACAAGCUUUUCUACCGGCUGGACGGCAGCACCGUCGACACGCCGUUCAUGAAGAGCCUGUCGUCCCAGUUCAUCGCCGUGCAUGAUGGGUUCAAGGUAAUCCGUUUGGCUAGUGUGUUGAUCCUUUCAAUCUUCCUGUUAUCCCACACUAUGGGUGCUCCGAUUAUAUAUAUGACAUCAUUCUGUUAUGCUGACAUGUUGACAGGCUAUGUACCCUCUAAUCGUAAGAAGCGUAAGAGGAUGUCCUCUGGUCGUAACAAGCGCACGAAGUUCUCUAUAUGUAUCUUCCUUCCAGAUGACCAUGAUGGCUUGCCAAACCUAGUUGACAUGAUAGCAUCACAGCCUGGCUUCCUGCACCAGCACCUGCCCAAGGAGAAGGUCGAAGUUGACGAAUUCCGGGUGCCCAAGUUUAAGUUGUCCUUCGAAAGCAGCGUCGUCACUAUUCUUGAGAAGCUAGGGCUUAAAUUGCCGUUCGGUGAUCAAGCCGAUCUGUCUGACAUGGUAGAGCCUAAUGACUCUGGCUUGCCAACGGUCUUGAACGACAUCAUCCACAAGGCGGUCAUCGAGGUAAACGAGGAAGGCACCGAAGCAGCGGCAGUCACCUUUACGGAUUUUGAGUAUGGAUGUGAUAUGCCGGAGUCGCCACCUCCUGGGGUGGAUUUUGUAGCUGACCAUCCCUUUGCAUACUUCAUAGUGGAGGAGGUGACUGGCGCAGUUAUAUUUGCAGGGCGCGUCCUAGAUCCGUCGAUAGAGAACUAG